CUCCGGUAUGGACACAAGCUUCACAGCAGAACUUUUCACAGGAGAUUUUAUCGCUGUUGUUUUCUAUCUGACACGGCUCGUAUCACUCGGAGAUGGAUUUCUGAACGGAAUAAGCCGAAGCUGAGCCCGACUCUAGUUAAAUCUCCCAUUUGAAAUCGUUUUAUGUGUGUUGUUUGAGUUGUUAAAGCAAGAGGGGAAAAUGCCAGUUGCAACUCUUCUGCCUUUUACCGCGACCCCGAAUAGGAAGUCUGCCAGCCCGACUUCUUUCAGGUUGACAGAAAAAUUUAUUUUGUUAUUAGUGUUCAGCGCUUUUAUAACCCUGUGUUUCGGGGCAAUUUUCUUCCUUCCGGACUCCUCCAAGCUGCUCAGCGGAGUUUUCUUUCAUUCCUCCGCGGUCGAGACGAACACCCACACCGGUCCGGACAGCAGCGACGCGGGUUCGGCUGGAAACGACGACAGGCUCCUGGCAAAAAUCAAGAAAGACCACGAAAAGGCUCUGUUAGAGGCUAAGGAUACUCUACAAAAACUUCCCGACGUGAUACAAAAUGACAUUCUAGCUGAUAAAGCGAAAGUUACGAAGGAGAGCAUGGGUAAAGGUGGGAAGGAUGGCAAUAAUUUACCUUUCAUAGAGUACCACCGCCCGCCGGGGGCGACGGGACUAGAACCCCAGGACCCCGAAACCAGGGAGAGACGGGCUAAAAUCAAGGAGAUGAUGAAGCAUGCGUGGGACAGCUACAAGCGGUACGCCUGGGGUUCCAAUGAGCUCAGGCCCGUCUCCAAGCAAGGCCACUCCAGCAAUCUAUUUGGAAGUAUAAAAGGAGCGACAAUAGUGGAUGCUUUGGAUACCCUCUACAUCAUGGAGAUGUUUGAAGAGUUUGAUGCUGCUACUGACUGGGUGGAAAAGAGCCUUGAUUUCAACGUGAACGCAGAAGUGUCGGUGUUUGAGGUGAACAUCAGAUUUGUUGGAGGUCUGCUGUCCGCCUACUACUUGUCUGGAAAAGAGGUGUUUCGGAGAAAGGCAGUGGAGUUGGGCGAGAAGCUGCUGCCUGCAUUCAAAACGCCCACCGGCAUCCCCUGGGCUCUGCUUAACCUCAAGAGUGGUAUUGGUAGGAACUGGCCAUGGGCAUCAGGUGGUAGCAGCAUCCUGGCAGAGUAUGGCACCCUGCAUCUGGAGUUUAUGCACCUCAGCAGACUCUCAGGAAAUCCAGAGUUUGCUCAGAAGGUAAUGAACAUCCGUAAAGUACUCAAUCGCCUGGAAAAACCUCAGGGGCUGUACCCCAACUACCUGAACCCCAACAGUGGACAGUGGGGCCAACAUCACGUGUCCGUGGGUGGCCUGGGUGACAGUUUCUAUGAGUACCUGCUCAAGGCCUGGCUGAUGUCUGACAAGACCGAUGAGGAAGGCAAGAAGAUGUACUACGAUGCCCUGCAGGCAAUAGAAACCAACCUGAUGAGGAAGUCCACCAAUGGGCUGACCUACAUAGCGGAGUGGAAGGGGGGGCUUCUGGAGCAUAAGAUGGGCCACCUGACCUGUUUUGCAGGCGGCAUGAUCGCUCUGGGUGCUGAUGGGGCGCCCGGUGACAAGACGGGCCACCAGAUGGAGCAGGCAGCAGAGAUCGCUCGCACCUGUCACGAGUCUUAUGCCAGGACAACUUUGAAACUCGGGCCAGAGGCGUUUCGUUUCGAUGGCGGCGUUGAGGCCAUCGCCACCCGCCAGAACGAGAAGUAUUUCAUCCUCCGUCCUGAGGUCAUCGAGACUUACAUGUACAUGUGGAGGUUUACCCACGACCCCAAAUACAGAGAGUGGGGCUGGGAGGCUGUACAGGCCUUGGAGCAGCACUGUAGAGUCGAAGGAGGCUACAGCGGCGUCAGAGAUGUCUACGCUUCAUCUCCAAACUACGACGACGUGCAGCAGAGCUUCUACUUGGCUGAGACGCUCAAGUAUCUCUACCUGCUCUUCUCUGAGGAUGACCACCUACCAUUCGAACACUGGGUCUUCAAUACCGAGGCUCACCCCCUGCCCGUCAUAAGGAAGGAUAAAACGGACAGACCAAACGAAGUGGAGUAACGGACCUGCCUGCACCGAUGCCCAGAAACAUGUGUGAGAACCUCGAUCCUGUAUACUGAGCCUCCAGCUGUCUGAAACUGUUGAGCCGCUUGGAGCCCUGAGUGGUUACAGAUCAGACUUCACCUGAUAUUGUUGAUGGGCUCAAAACUGAACCCACUUGUGCAGGAGCCGGGUUCUCGCUGGAGACUCCAGGGUUUUUUUUGUUUUGUUUUGUUUUCCUUCACUUGAUUUUCUUUUUUCUUCUUCUCUGGUUGAGUCCAAAGGCUGACCCAAAGCAACAUAUGUACUGCUGAAUAACAUGAUAGCUCAUCAAAAUUUAGACAUAAUAAUUUGAAUCAAGAUCUAAAGAAAAAAAAAAGGCCGUUUAUUUCACUCCUCGGUUUGACUUCCUUCGCUUUUCUGUUCAUUUGGAGGGACAGUGUGACCAGCUAUCACUUUAUUCAUCAGUUUAAUUGUUGCUAGUAGCCAUUUUUGUUGAGGAGGAGGACGCUGACAGUCAUUCACCACUGAUAUGAACUACCAUGGACCCCGAGUGUUUGGGCACCACACCAAGGAAAAGCUCCCCACUGAGGAUCACAUGGCUGGCUGGCCGCGUGAACGGACGCUCAAUUCCCUUCACAUGUGUCGUCUUUUACCUGCUGCUCUACCACAGCAACAUCUGAAUAGGAACUAGGAACCGGUCUUUCCUGCACCGACUCGAGCGUUUCAUAGUGUCGUCAGAGAACCGCUGGUUUUCUUAAAAAAAAAAAGAAAAAAAGGAAAGACGCAGCACAACCCGAGCCUCUUUUUAUAAACCUAACCGACUCUGCUUCCUCCUUCCUUUCUCUUGAGUUGGAUGUGACAAAUGACGACCAGCCGCACCAGCUCAUUACCUGCCAGUAACUCCACUUUCUCCCCACGAUGUUUACACAAAGCCAUCCUCCUCCGUAUUCUUAUUCUGCUUUUCAUCUGCAUCUUUGACCCGCUUUGAGAUUUCUUUCUCCUUCUCAUAUGUGCUCUGGGGGUUCGACCAGCACAGGGAUUUUAAAAACGGAAUCAGAGUUUGUUCGACAGUUUUUCUCCAUUUACUGAAAAAAAAAA